GCACCAAGCUCAAAACUCAAAGCUGUUUUCAUUCAUAUUUACCCAAACAAUUCAAUCGUGUAUUUAUUAAAUUUAGUCGAGUUAAUUAAUAAUUUAGACACCCACACAAAAAGUUUCGAGUAGUUUAAUUUAGUUUGUAGCAAUGUAAUAUCAUGAAUACCACCACCCUUCCUUCAAACAAAAUGUAAGAACGAUGGAAGAAGAAAUGUUCUAAUGUUUGUUUUGAUUGUGGAGUGUGGAGUGAGUGAGGUCAAUUAGUUGACCUCAGGUGUAAGUUUAAUGACCCAAACGUAAAACUAGGCUAGGAAACCAUCAUAUUGUGAACCUUUCAUGUUAAUAGUAAAAUUAUUUUAAGAAUCUCGACUCGAAAACACAGUCAAAUUAUUUUAAAUUUCAAAUAUCGUGUUCUUCGCUAAGUAGUAUCUUUUAGGUUUAAAUUAAAGUUAGUUAGUUAUAUUGUAGGCAGUUAGCGUUCAACGAGUACAACAUGGAAAUGAAACAAAGACGAGCGUGUAAAAAACCUAGGUUAAUUGUCAUUUCAAUAUGCUGCCUGGGAUUGGGAAUGAUUUAUUUUCAUCCUGUGAAUGGUGCGGCUGUCACAGCGAAGUAUGUUCCAAACACGAGAAACAACCGAAUAAAUCGAGAACGACCUCCCCUCGUUGUUUACGAAGACCCUACUGAGGGGGUCGAAGAUGUGACCGAGCGGAAGGACGAGGGUGGAAGUUUGUUAGAUGCAGGAUUGAGACUUGGACCUACGAAUGAGAAUUUGACCACAACUUCUGGAGAAAAAAGACUGGUUUGCAGUGCUUGUGACAGUCCACACUGCGAGCAUGUGUACAGUUGCAGUAACGCUGUAAUGUGUUGGUCUUCCCGUCAUCGAGAUAGUUAUGGAUAUGAACGUUUUUCCAAAGGUUGUGUCAACAGCAGGGACAGAAUCCCCUUUACGUGUAACUCACGGUCACAUUCGAAACCAUCUAAACAAGCACACAACGCAAGUAAUCCAGAUUAUGACUUUGUUGCUGGCUAUUCCACGGAAUGUUGUUCCAGUCGCGAUUUCUGUAACAGUGGGGAAUUUCCCGAUAUGCCGGAAGCACGCCAGGAUUUAACUGAUCCCAACGCUUCCAGCGAUUUCGACACUACCGUUAUUUACAUCGCUUUUGGAUUUACCAUCAUAUUCUUCGUGGUUAUUAUUGCUGUUACUAUAAAAUGUGUACGAAGGACGCACAAACGAAGGAUGGACGAGUUAAUGAAGGCACACAGGGAAAAUUUUUAUCCAUUAAAUGACGAAGAAUUACAAGCCAAAUCAGCGGGAGACAGCACCCUCAAAGAAUACUUGGAUGGCUCAAUGACAUCGGGGAGUGGUUCCGGACUUCCUCUUUUGAUUCAGAGAACCCUGGCAAAAAAUAUUCAGCUUGUCGAGUGCAUUGGAAAAGGACGGUUUGGUGAAGUUUGGCGUGCGGUGUGGAACUGUGAGAAUGUGGCCGUGAAAAUAUUUGCAACAAGGGAUGAGGCGUCGUGGAUUCGUGAAACGGAGAUCUACAGCACUGUAAUGUUGCGACACAACAAUAUUUUGGGAUUUUAUGGCUCUGAUAUGACUUCUAGGAAUUCUAUGACGCAACUCUGGCUGGUUACUCAUUAUCAUCGAAACGGUUCAUUGUAUGACUUUCUUAACAAGAAGACGAUCGAACAUCCACAGCUCUUCAAGUUGGCAUACUCACUGGCAAACGGUUUGGCGUUUUUGCACAGUGAAAUGGUCGGAACAGAGAGUCGACCUGGAAUUGCACAUAGAGAUUUAAAAUCCAAGAAUAUUCUUGUGAGCUGCAAUGAAUCCUGCAUUAUUGCUGAUUUCGGAAUGGCUGUCACCCACAAACGAGACACUGGGGAAUUAAAUGUGUUUCCAAAUCCAAAGGUUGGGACAAAGCGCUACAUGGCUCCUGAAAUAUUGGACGAAUGCAUGAAUAUGGCAUCUUUUGACGCGUACAAACGUGUGGAUAUGUAUGCUUUUGCACUUGUACUGUGGGAACUAUGCUGUCGCACCAUGGCAAAUGGAAUCGCUGAAGACUACCAAGCACCAUUUCAAGAUGUUGUCCUUGCUGAUCCUUCUUUUGAGGAAAUGAGAAAAGUUGUCUGUGUUGAUGGCUAUAGACCUGAAAUUCCUAACCGUUGGGCAUCAGACCCGGUACUCUCCCAUUUCUCCAGAAUAAUUAAAGAAUGUUGGCAUCCAAAUCCAGCAGUUCGACUAUCCGCCCUUCGUGUGAAGAAAUCUAUCGCCGUCCUUGCACAAGAAAACUGUAAAGGAACGCUUGACACUGUCAUCCUUUAAACAAAUAGAAAAACGAUUUGCUCGAGGUGGAAAAAGUGCCAUGUAGUAUAGGAAGAAGAAUUACUUAGUACCGA